UUCCUUAAGACGCAUGCGCACUGAGAAUUGAGAUCUAAAAAAGGCGCGAGAGUUUCGCCUCUAUAAGAAUAAUCUGUGGUGUUAUUACUCCUGGUUCAACAUAACCUCUUCUGUCUGGUGCAUAGUGAGGGACGUUCCAGUUUUCUAGCACCUAACAAAAAUCACAAUGGCUAUUCGACCCGUGUACAGGCCGACAAUUGUCAAGAAAAGAACUAAGAAGUUCAUUCGUCAUCAGAGUGAUCGAUACAGUAAACUAAAGAGAAACUGGCGUAAACCAAAAGGUAUCGACAACAGAGUUCGUAGGCGCUUCAAGGGUCAAUAUUUGAUGCCCAAUAUUGGUUAUGGAAGCAACAAAAAAACACGCCACAUGCUACCUACUGGUUUCAGGAAAGUCUUGGUACACAAUGUUAAGGAAUUAGAAGUUCUAAUGAUGCAAAACCGAAAAUUCUGUGCCGAAAUUGCUCAUGGUGUAAGCAGUAAAAAACGUAAAUCGAUCGUUGAACGAGCACAACAACUUUCCAUACGCGUGACAAAUGCUAGUGCUAGAUUACGUUCUCAAGAAAACGAAUAAGAUCACUUUCUUCUUUGAUUUCUUAAUAAACUAUUUACAGUA